GCUAAGGGGCGGGAAAAUUGUCCAAGGAGCCCCUCCGUGGAGAAGCCGAGACGCUGGAAGGUUGCUGGCGCAGUUUUAGAGGGCGGCGUCAGGCUGGAAGUUUGCUGGCGCAGCCGUGGAGGGCGGCGUCACUGAGCCGCGCCAGCGGAGCCGGGUACAGCCCCGCUCCUCUCGCCUGCCUUCUCUGGGGCUUGCUUCUUCACCAGGCGUCCGUCGAGCCUUUUCCAUGUCCCCGGUGGACGCAGCCCUUCGCAACGUCCACCCCAUGGCCACUAGCCUGAGGAGGCCGUCUUUCACCGCCUGUUCUUCCUCCCCUCCGGACGCGGACGACGAGGGUGUGCGCGGCACUUGCGGAGAUGCUUCUCUGUGCAAGCGGUACCUGCCCGGCGUGGGGUUAGGGGCCGGCUUCCCCUGGGUGCUGGGGCCUAGAUGUGCAGUGAGCAGUGGCUACUGGCAGGACCCUUGCAUCCCGCAUUUGGUGAGACUGUCUAAAGAGAGGAAGGCCCCCAAAUUAACAGAGGAUAUUUUGCUUGUGUCCACGGCGUCAGUCAGCUUAUCAAGACGUUUCUAUGGAAGACAGGAUGCAACUGUCAAAUUCUAAACCUUGGGGCUGGGGUGGAUACCACCUUCUGGAGCUUAAAGGUACAUGAAAAUGUCCCCUCUUCUCUCUCCAGGGGAUUAAACUUCAUUUUGUGAAAUUACCUGGUUAGGAAACUUGAAAAAUAUGUAUAUAUAUUGAAAUCUAUAUAUAAAAAGGAUGCAGUGUCACCCUGUCUCCACCCUAUUUGAGGUUCCCCACCCCCAACACCACCCAUCAACCUGGUACUGGAUCCCACCAGGGCCCUAGUGGAGACAUGUGGGUUGCUUCUCACCUUUUGCUCUUAAGCCACCCUGUUAAACGGGGUUAUAAUACAAAUCUUUGGGUACAUUUCCCUCGGUGUCUGGGGCACUACAUCAAGAGAAAAAAUUCUGUUCCAGUGGAAGGAACUGCUGAGACAAGGAAUGUGUGUUUGUACUUUGGACAGUAAUGUAAGGUUUUUGGUCAUCAUAACAGUCUUCCCUAAUAUUUGGCCCUUGCAGGACUGGGUAAUGAUUUCACGAUGCAGAGCCCCUUUGGAGUCAUUUGGCAAUUUGUUUCCUCCACUGCACCAUUAGGGUUGAAGGGCAGGUGUAAUGACACUCCCAGGAAAGCAACCCUGGGGCCAGUUAGUGGCAGAACCAGGAUAAGGUUCUGGUGUUUGAUUCCUGGGCUGGAAUAGUAUCACCAAACCUUUUCCUACAGAUAUCUCACUGAUUGCAUUUUCUUUCUUUCUCUGUCCUUCUUCCUUCCUGUGUGUGUGUGUGUGUGUGUGUGUGUGUGUGUGUGUGUGUGUGUGUACAAAUUUUUCUUGUUCUGUCAGGUCGGUCACGUAACAGUAACAGCCAUGUGCAUUUCCCCAGAUUUCUUGCAGACUUAGACCAAGAGAAGCUGUAGAGUGGAGAGGCAUGUAGGCAUAACUCACCCUGCAGUAGCUAUUCUGUCCUUCUAUCAGCUUAGACACUUGACCAUAAUGGCUACAUGCACUUCUCCAGAUUUCAUGCAGACUUAGACCAAGAGAAACUGUAGAGUGGAGAGGCAUGUAGGCAUAACCUGACCUGUAGUAUCUAUUUUGUCCCUCAUGAGAUCACUGGAUAAGAAGGUCUUUGGUCAUCAGCGCUUCCAACCUUUUCCUUCCUUGAGAAUCCGUAGCCUCAAUGUGGCCCUAGUGUUUACAGUUUGCCUCUGUAUUCUUCCUUCUGGAGACGAUAACUAGCAUGUAGGAAGUGCUUUUACACAGAUGACCUCAUGAAUUAACAGGAGAGCUGUUGUGCAGAGGCGGGGCAGGGGCCAGGCGCUUACACAUAUGCAGGAAGUGGGGCUUUGAAGCAAAUGCUGCCCUCUGCCCAUCAAACUGCGGAUUUCCUCCUCUUUCCUCUGCCCUCAG